AUGACCGGUUUGAACGGUCGACCUGAGGUUAUUGUGGAAGGAGCUCCUGAUCCUGAUGGUCCAUGGAAAGAGUUCGAGUUUUAUUCAAAACCUGGGAAUGUUUCUCAAGCCCCUGUUUUCGUUUUGCCACAUCAACCACGAUUGGACUGGCAGAUGUGGUUUGCGGCUUUAGGCUCAUAUCGCUACAACCCGUUUUUCUUGAGCUUGGUUCAUCACUUGAUGGAAGGUACCCCUGAAGGUUCGGUUUACUUAGUGGCAUUUUCUUGUUUCUGUCACUGCUCA